AGUACCAGUCGCUCGCCGACAGAUGAUACCACUGCGUCCAAAAUCACGCACCUCGCAUUAAUUUACGCGUAAUUAAGCACGUAAUUACGUAGGCAUUGAAUUUUUCGUAAACUCUGUUCGAAACUCGAAUCGAAAUUGUACGUCAACAUAGUUGAGAGUACAGGCUUCGAAGCGCAUACACGCAGAAUAUAAAUCAGUAACGUAAUAAAAUUCAGAUAUGACUAUACCGACGUAACACGAUAGAACACGCGCAUGCCCAUUGAAGCUUCGUAUCGCGACUUUAUAACGAAACCCAUGCGAAGAAAUAGGAAAGACAAAGAACGACAAUGCUCGGAAGGGGGUGUAAACUGAACAACAUUGUCGAUAUAUGCUUGCAAAUAACUGUUAUUAAAGUGAUUUGACCUUUCGAGUUACUGGGUAACUUGCUUCUUCGUGGUAACCUGUACGUAUUAAGGAUGUCUGCUACGUGUAACGAUAUCAGGAGAACCGUACGACUCGUAAGCUGCUCUUGAGAUAUCGGUAACACUGAACGUAAGCCAUCCUGUAACUAUAGACAGAUCGACAACAGUAGAACGGGGGAGAUGUCGUGUUCGAGUGAGCUGUCCCGAUCGCAGGAGUAUCUCAGCUUUCGUAGUUCCGUCCCGCUCAGAAAAAUUGUCGUCGACGCCGACGGCACCAAGGGAUGGAAAGUAUACGAUUCUAGUCCAAAAACCGUCAAGUGUCCACUCAUAUGUCUUCCACCGGUUAGUGGGACGGCCGAUGUUUUCUUCAAGCAAGUAUUAGGCUUAGCAGCUAAAGGAUACAGAAUCAUAUCAGCCGAAUCACCCGUUUAUUGGAACGUUAAGGAAUGGUGCGAUGGAUUUAGGAAACUUUUAGACUACAUGGAGUUAGAUAAGGUGCAUCUUUUUGGCACCUCAUUAGGUGGAUUUCUGGCGCAAAAGUUCACCGAGGCAAAUGCUCACUGUCCUAGGGUAGUGUCCUUGAUUCUGUGCAAUUCGUUCACAGAUACGUCGGUAUUUAAUUACAACGACUCCGCGGGGGUUUUUUGGAUUUUACCGUCGUUGGUAUUGAAAAAGAUGCUAAUGGGAAACUUCGUGACAGACAAGGUCGACGGAGAGAUCGUAGAAGCGAUUGAUUUUAUGGUGGAAAGAUUGGAAAGUUUAACGCAACCGGAAUUGGCUUCUCGAUUGACGAUGAAUUGCGUGAAUUGUUACGUACAGCCACAAAAGAUAUGUCAUUUGCCUAUCACGAUUAUAGACGUUUUUGAUGAGUAUGCGUUAUCGAAUUCGGUGAGAGAGGAAGUAUACAAGUGUUAUCCGAAUGCAAAGUUGGCACAUUUGAAAAGCGGCGGAAAUUUUCCAUAUUUAAGUCGAGCGGCAGAAGUAAACUUACAUUUACAGAUUCAUUUGAGGCAGUUCGACGGUACCGAAUACGCUGCUUCUGAAAGGAAGAAGUUAUAGUGCCACUAACAUGGGAUAUACGAAAUUAUUUACAGUUCUCAUAUCGAUAUGCAUUUUACACAUAUUCUCCAUUUAUUUCCCAAUCAUCGACCAGUCUGAUUUACACGUUAUCAAUAACGCAUACGUACUGAAACGUACGAUCACAAUAAUAAUAAUCUUGGAACGUUUGUCAAAUAUAUUCACCAUAUCAAAUAUGCCUAAGAAUUCUAUACAUAUAGAUAGUAAUAUUGUACAACGUCUAUUCUAUUUUUAUCGUAAUGUUUGGGAAUGUUCCUCGUAAUAUUUUCUUAGGCAAAUAUUUAUUGACCGUAAAGCCUCCUUAUUUCGAAGAGGACUUCGAGAUGCUCGAAUACAUUCUAUAUUGUUGUCUAUCAAACGAUAGCACACAGGAUAUAGACAUUUUUAUGAAGACAAGUGAACAAAAGUGUUUGUUAUACGUAGAUAAUACGAAUAUACUCAGUUGGAUAUACAUAUACAAGCUAAUGUAAAGUAGUUAAGAAAAGAGAAAGAGACAGACUUUGAAAAUAUAAGUUAAGAUUUAUAUCACGAUUAAGUAAACAUCGAUAUAGUCAGUUAUCACAUCUUGUAUAAGCUUAUUCGAAAUAAAUAUAAUUUUGUAAAAAAAAAA